AUGGCUGAUAAUCUUGGCAGCGAUGGAUUUCUAGAAGCAGAGCGAUUGAGAGAAGAAGAGUUGGCUCAAGAGUUGGAACAUAGUGAUUGUAACGAAGAAGAUUCCCAAGAAAUAUCAUUGGAAAUUGAAGAGAAGCUACUAAAAGACGAACCUGAAUAUACUACAUUAGUUAAUUAUGGAGAGAGUAUUCAGGGAACACAAAGUGAUCUUGCAGAGACAUAUGCAGAUACUUUGAGUAAUGUGGAGAUAACACACACCAAUGAUGAGCUUGGGAGUGGUAUUUAUACUGAGAAUUCUAAUAACUUCAUGAGUUCACAAUCUGAUACAUUACAUGAUGUCACAGAUCAUUAUGAACCUUAUAUCAAUGAGUAUUCUUUUGAAACUCAACAAUCUAAUGACAAGCAAUAUGAGAAUGUUGAAGAAAAGUAUGAUGAAACUGAAAGCAAUAAAGAUAAUAUUGUUAUGCCCAACAUAAAUGACUUCCUACAAAGUGAUAAUAAUUUCGAUGCCCAAACUACAGAAGAAUUAUUGAUGAGUGAACGGGAGAGAGAAAAGAAAACUAAAAAAGAAAUGGAAGAAGAAGAGAGAGAAAAAAUGCAGGUAUUAGUCUCAAAUUUCACUGAAGAACAGUUGGAUAGAUAUGAAAUGUACAGACGUGCAGCAUUUCCUAAGGCAGCUGUAAAACGCUUGAUGCAGACCAUCACUGGGUGUUCGGUUGGGCAGAAUGUUGUGAUUGCAAUGUCUGGUAUUGCCAAAGUGUUUGUGGGAGAAGUAGUUGAAGAAGCUCUUGAAGUACUAGAAAAAUCAGGUGAACCUGGACCUUUACAGCCGAAACAUCUAAGGGAAGCCUUACGUCGAUUAAGAAUGAGAGGGGCUAUACCUACAAGGAAAGCUUAUAGGAAAUCGAUCACCUGA